AUGACGACUUCCUGGGCCGCUCUCGUCGUCCUCCUCGUGGUCGUGGUCACUCCGGGCUCACCACAGGUGACUAUCCCGCCGGCCAUGACGGCCAAACCGCCAACCCCACCUCCAGUUUCAACCGCGCCUACCACACAAGCGCCGCCAGAGUCGUCGCAACCGGCAGUCGUCCCGUCUACAUCGUCGCCGCCUCCAUCUGUGCCAUCACCGUCGUCGACCACCACCACCAGACCCUCAAACACGUCCAAACCACCACCGCCUUCGUCGUCAUCCACCAACGCCGUUUUUCCAACGGACUCUACCCCUCUGCCGACUACGAAUGCUGGCCAAUCCACUUCUGCUCCAGUGUCAUCAUUCACUGCACCCGUUACGAAUCCCGCCUCUCCUGCAUGGACCGCACAGGCCACCCCUAUUGCAUCGCCAUCAUCAUCGAGUCCUCCUAUAGCCUCUACGACUACGAUCGCCCCAGCCAACCACUCCACAGCCCCGCCGGCCACAUCCGACGACUCGUCGUCCACGAGUUCUAGCCUCCUUGUCGUUGGUGUCGCAGUGGCAGCUGUGGUGAUGAUACUCAUAGCCCUAGGUUUCUGCUUCUUUCAUCGAAAACGAGCCCAAUCUUCAAAGCCACCACGCGCCGCCGCCAACACGACUGGUGGUGGCAUGCUGCACACUACGGAUGAUAUAUCAUUCACGUCGUCGAGUGAACCAAGUCGUCUCAACUGGAGCCACCUAGAGCCGUUCAAGAUUCCGCUUGAGGACAUUGUGUUGGUGCACCCGUUGGCGGCUGGCGCGUACGGCGAAGUCUGGCUCGGCCAGUACCACCACCAGCGAGUGGCUAUAAAAACGUGCUUGGCAAGUCGCGCAAGUCGCAAACACUUGCAGAGCUUUAUCGACGAACUGUCGUUGAUCGGGUCGUUGCAGAGUCGGCAUAUCGUAACGCUUCUGGGCGCGGGUUGGUUUCGGCCCGCCGAUUUACUCGCAGUGCUCGAGUACAUGAACUUGGGCGACUUGCGCGAGUACUUGAACAACGACCAUCAUCCACCAGGUCCAGACCAUCACUCUAAACAAACACUCGACAAGGUCGAGUGCGCCAGAAGUAUAGCGAAAGCGCUGGCGUAUUUACACGCGAAACGUAUCAUCCACCGCGAUUUAAAGUCGAGAAAUGUACUAUUGGACGAUACAAAGGGCAUUAAGUUGGCGGACUUUGGCACUGCUAGAACGUACUCGGUGGAUGAAACCAUGAGUACCGCCGCCGCUGGCACGUACCGAUGGAUGGCACCUGAAGUGCUCAUGUUCAAGCAGUAUACGAUUGCCGUGGACGUUUACUCGUUUGGCGUCGUGCUUUCCGAGCUCGACACCCAUGCGGUUCCAUAUUCACAUGUCCGAAACGAUAAAGGGCACGCGGUGUCGGACACGGCGCUUCUGGCGAUGGUGCUGUAUCAGAACUUGCGCCCGACGUUUUCGGCCACGUGUCCACCGUGGUUAAGUGAGUUGGCCCUGAAAUGUAUGGACAGCGACCCCGCCCAACGACCAGAGCCGGCCGAGAUUGUAGCCAUUUUGAAUGCACAAAUGAUGUCGUCUAUGGUGUGAGCGCUACUACUGUAUAGACAGAUGCUAGUAUUACUAGUAGUAGUAGUAAUAUUUAAUCCAAACUGCCCAUGGUGACCUCGGGCAGUAUAUUCAGCGUGUAUGUAUACAUAGUCUAGAUUGACAGAUUGAAUGUACUUGAAG